CGAAGGCUUCGACAAGGACCAGGAGCGGAAGCUGAAGAGCAAGAAGCGCAGCCUCGUGUAUCAGAGCGAGGAGGACAAAUGGAAAGGCGUGUAUCGCAUUCUGUUCCCCGAUGAUAACGACGUGGACAUGCCAUCACCUUGUAAGUAUUGCUAAGAUCCUACUGGACAACUCCCUUCUGACCAGCUUCCAAGAUAUCGAAUACCAACCCUGCACGAACGGCGGCCCCACAGGAGAGCCCUCCAACAUCUCCCGCUUCCAGGAAUUCUCUCGCCUCGAGCUACCGCGCCUAGUCCGCAGGACGCUCGAAGUUACCGUCGAAGAAGAAGCCCAGCCGCUGGAAGACCGACUCAAGGAGCGCCUCGUGGACAUUGUGCGCGACUGCCAAACCCAACUCAUCUCCCUCUUCCAGUCCACCAUGGCCUCGAGCGAGACCUCGCCCGCGCUCUCCCUCUCGCAGCUCCGCCUGCCAGAAAGCGAGAAGACUGUCGAUGCGCCGCCAAACUCCUCACUCGCUGCAACGGCGGUUGUCCCGGUGCAAAACACACAGCACCAACAGCAACCCGGCCAAGCAGCGCCCUUCCAGAACUUCGAUUCCUUCCCACCGCCAGACACCGCGGAUUACAUUCCCAUCCCCACGCAGUACCCCGAGCACGAGCACGCCGUCGCAAAACACGAGGCAUCCCCGCCCGUCGACGGCGGCGGCAACACGCCCGACUCGGGCUACGACUCCACGUGGAAUGCAGCGCCGCUGCCGCCGCACGAGACGUACCUGCACCAGACCCAGGGCAACUUCACGCAGACACUGCCGUUUGCGCAUGCGCCGCGGAUGCCUCCGCAUCAGCACCAGCACCAGCAUCCAGUCCAGCAGCAGCCUGCGUACACCGCCGGAACCAUGUUCGUGGAGUCCGAGUAUGUUGAUCUUGGGGGGUAUUAUGGGCUGUUUCAGAGCCGGAAUGCGGGGUUCGAUGCGGGCUUGAUGGAGCCGGUGUGGGCGUAUCUGGAUGGGGUGGGCGGCGAUGGGAGUGGGGGUGGGAUGGGGCAGGUGAAUGGACACGGAAGGGGGAACGGGGCGGUGAUGUAAUGGAAUGGUCGCUGAAUGACUCGAUAAUACAAGCGCGCUAGCAGCGUCGUCUCUUUCCUGUGUAUGAAGUGUGGUACGCUUGACCGUGUGAGGAUGCCACCUGAAG